UAUCGGUACAAUUUUUAAAAAGAACACUUUAAAUUUCUAACCUAAAAAUUAAAGCUUCCCCGUUUGUUAAACAAUGUCUACCACAAUUUGUUGGAAGAAAGUGUGGUUAACACUUGCUGGUGAUAUACAGGGGGUGACUGUGGUGGAAGCAGAGAAUGUUUUAAAGUUAUCGAAAAAUAAACUUUUGGAGGGAUUGGGGCAGUACAAACCGUAUAAAGAAGGUACUUUAGAUCUUAUUCCAGUAAUCGCCGCUAAGAUUAAAGAAAAAGGGGGCCAAUUGGAGAAGUUUGUGGAACAGUUUAAUAUUCAUUUGAAUUUGCAAUGCGAUAUAGGUUGGAAAGUAUUUUGUAACUUUUUAAUUUUUGAAUAUUACGGAAAAGUGGAAGAUAUACAAAAAAUAGCUGAAUAUGAACUUUAUAACUUAAAUUUGUUUAAACAAUUGUGGUUGUUUUAUUCAUCGGAAAGAAUGUAUAUGAUAAAGACGAUGAAACAUAUUUUAGAAAAUAGUAACAAUCAAAAACAUGGAUUUUAUAAGCUUUAUGCGAACUUUUUGAACGAAAUGGAUAUCGUUAAAAUCCGGGAUUCGCUUUUUGACCAAUACCAACUGCUUACCAAUGAAAUAAAACGCGACAACGAACAAUGUUGUCUUGAUUUUAAAGAUUGGGUGACUAGAAAUCAUCGAGAACAAAUCGAAACUUUACAUUGUAUUAUGAUUACGAUGAGUUAUAAACCGUGUAACAUAGAUGAAUUUAUUUUACUUAUCGAUGUUUGUAAGAAACAUGCCUUUGCUUAUAUGCCAAGUAAUGAUGGUAUUUUAACAGUUUGCGAACCGGAAGAGUUAAAACAUAUUAGAAUGAUACAACUUGCUGCUAUGUUGUUGGCGGCAAAAACUUUUUGGGAGGAUUCGGCGGGGUUCCAAAGACACACAGAGGCAAUAGGAAAUAAUAUAUUCCAAAUGUCGAAUACUAAAGAACUUUCGAUUUUAUUAACACUUUAUAUUUCGCUACAAUUAGCGACGGGAAAUAAAGAAUUUAUUAACAAAAAUUCAAAUUUGUAUACAAGAUUUAUUAUGUUUGCUUUGGAACAAAAGGUUUAUUAUUAUUUAAACGAGCUAAUAUCACUUAGCGAUUGGAACAAUACUUUUAUCGGUGAAAUAAUGAAACAAACAAUAUUUUAUUUCGUCGAAUACACAAGUUAUAAUUUCGAUGAUUGCUCAACUGUAUUAAUUGCUGAUGGUAUGGAUGACUUAAUAAGUAAGUUAGCUGAAAAUCGCGACUUUGCAAUAUCAAUGAUGACCUCUGAUAGCGUUUAUAAAAAAUUCUAUGUAUCAACUUAUCAAAUGAUGCCACACACGUUUGUACCAUUCACAAAAGUCUCGACACAACUAUUAAAACAUAAAGAAUUAUAUGACUUCGUUUAUGAAAUGUUAAACGACGUAAAAACAUUUGCUGAAAUUUAUAAUGAAACCCCAUAUGAUGGGCAAAUCGUUUUAAGACAAGACUAUCAACCAAGAGGAGUUAAAUCCCUCACUAUACCAACCGGAACAAGAGCUGUAAUCAGAAAAAUUAACACAAAUGUAUACAUUAUAUUUGAUUACGCUUAUAAAUACAUUGAUGUAUUAGAAUAUAUGGCGUCUUUAGUAGUGUCUGAUACUGAUAUGGCGAAAGAAAAUAUGCAUUGUGUUGAAUUGGGAUAUAAAUGCCUUAUUCCUAUUUUACAAAAAGAUUUGGGUAUUAAAUUCUAUGGUGGAUUAAAUUAUUUACAACCAGUUCUUUUGAGAACAUCAACCCGACCAAUUAUUAAUAUAGAUUUAAUCGUAACGUGCUUAGACAUCUGCACGUUACUUUUAAAUCACGAACCAGAAAAAAUAACUGACUUUUUGGUAAUAAACAACUUUUUACCGCACGCUAUGAAAGAUUUAACCGUAAUCGAAAAGUUUUUCGAAAACUCAUUUUUAAACACGUGCAUGUUAUUACACACAAUUCGAGAAGAAAUUGGAUUGGGAAAAGUCAACGUAUUAUUUUCGUACAUAAAUUUUUUAAAAAAAUUAAUUGAAUUGAAAAAGUGUGUGCACAAAGUAUUAAUACCAGGAAUGGUGUUUUUAUUUGUUCAUAUAUUCCCAAUACAUUUAAAUUGGUUGUAUGAAACAAACCUGCAUAAACAACAAUUAUCAAAUGAAUGUCUUGGGGUUAUAUUGAGUGUAUUACAAAAUAAUUAUCAAGAUCUUAAUGGUGAUGAUAAAACGAUAUACGACUUUUGUUUCUGUUUAAUAACCGAUCAUUCACCAACGAUUGAGUUAAUUAAUAAAUUAUUCCGAAUGACGAAUUCAUUUUUAAAUGCUUAUAUAAUGACUAAAGGUGAUUGGGAAAGACGGUCAUCGAUUAGCUUGGUACAAUGCCUCAAAAAAGUUUUGGCCAUUAUUAAUAUAAUAUUAUUACUACACAAUCGAGGUGAACGGAAUUUAAAAGGAACAAUUUUUUUGGAAAUGUUUCUUGAUAGUACGGUUAAACCGAGUUCGUUAAAAUUAUUAACCGGAUACAUGCAACAAUCGUUUGAUUUAGCAAUACCAAAAUUAUCGUGCCAAAUAUUGAAGAAGUUAGCUAUUAACUCAGAUAUUCCAAUGUUAUCAUUGUUAGAAAUGGAUAAAUAUCAACUACAAUGCACGUUUUUAGAGAAACUAAGAGAUCCGUUAGAAGAAGAAAGUUUAAAAGUGGCCAUAUUAGAUUUAAUAACACUUUGCGUCCAAAAUCAAAGCGGGAUGAUCGUUGCAUUUUUCGAUAUAUCAGGAUUACCACAUACUAAUUGUGUUGAUAUCGGCGAUAGCGUGAAUGCUUUUAUGGAAGAAUAUCUCGAGAAUAUAAGAAAAUCCACCGAUUAUUUAUACAGUCCAAUACAAGCAGCCGUAUUAGAUUUAUUUCAUGCUUUAUGGAUGUAUAGAAAAAAUAUGAUUGUGGAUGAUUUAACAAAGAAUGAAAACUUUUGGUCAACACUCAUGGAUCCUUUAUUUAAAGACUUAAAAUUACCCAUAAAAACAUACACCAAAAUAAUAAGCAUAUUAACGUACGAAUUAUUUAGAAGCAAAGGAUCCAACGAAAAAAUUAUUGAGGUUAUUAAAAAAUUAUUUUCAACUGAAGAAAAACACCUCAAAGCAUGGUGUAAUUUCAUAAUAAAAUCAUUAGAAGAUAUCACAAAUUUAGAACUUUUACGUACUUGGAAACAUUUACUUAUUGCAAUCUGCAAAAAUUACUCCCAAACAAUCGCUGAUAAUAAACAACAAAAAUUAUUAGUUGAAGCGUGUUUAGACGGAAUCAUGGAGCAUUUCUCCCAAAACAACGACAUAAGAGUAUUUUCAGUUUGGUCGGAAAUUUAUUUAUCAUUAAUUACGCAAUAUCCAAAUUCAUCAAAAGGAAUUACAUCGAAAGUCUUGGAAACAUUCACUAAAUUAUUUAAAUACUUAGAAGACAUUUAUACCGAAAAAACGAACCAUCUUAACGAAGUCAUAUUAUCAAUUUCCAUAAAAACAGUGCCUCAUUUAGAUGAUAUAUCAACCGAAACAUUAACUAUCGAACAAUUUUUACGAGCCGUUGGGAAAGUUUUUGAAAAAGAGCACGAGAAAAUUAAAAGACACGAAGAAGGAUCAACAUAUUCGAAUUGGUUGUUAUUAAUAACGUUUGGCACCUAUUUAUUGCAAUGUGAAACAAAAGUGUGUCUAGAAUGGUUUAAAGAAACGCAAUUUUUAACGAAAAUAUUACAUUCAAUCGCACCGUUUAUACAAAAUUCGAUAUACUUUCCAAUUGGAAAAAUUACAGUACAAUGUCUCAUUGCUUACGCAAACUCUCCGUUAGUUGAGCAUUUUAUGUACGUCAAUUUUGAGCCAUUUUUUGAUUCAACGCGUCCAUCAGAAAGAUAUAUUCACUCAACCGAGUUAUCAUACAAAAACGCUUUACCAUGGCACUUUGAAAAUUGGUGGUUAACUUACACCGGAAUUAUCCAACUAAUGACAAUGUUAUUAAACAAAUUUGGACGAUUAAUGCUAACCAAAUUAAUGUCUUUCGCUUUGGUUCAUUGCGACGUCAUCAAAUAUACGUUAAGAUUGCCUUUAGUUACCUCCGAAAUAACAGCUAUAAGAUUAGUUAGAGAAUGUUUAAGAUUUACCUAUGCUUUAUUGGAUUAUAAAGUUCAAUGGAGACUUAUUUUUCCACAAAUUUAUUUUACUUAUUUGCAAGCGAUUAUUGAAUCAAUCAACGCAUCAACAGCGAUUAUUUUACGUCCAACGGUAUUAAAGUUUUUCGCGAUUGAGAAAUCGACGCAAUUAUCAUUUGUGGAUCAUCUUCCAACGAAUAGUGUGAUUCAAAUAAUGAAUGGAUUAUUAGAAGUGAUUACUUACAGUUGUUUGUGCUUAACGAGAGCUUGCCCGACGUUUGUGAACUUAUUAGAACCAUACAAGAUACCAUUUCCGGACGAUGUGCAAGUUGCGUAUCAUUUUCAUAUUCCCAAGAUUCAUGAUGAAAAUGUGAAUGUGUUAAAAUAUGGGUCGCUGUUGUGUUUGCUUCAUAUUUUAUGUAAAACGUCUUCUGGCAGUAAGAGUCAAUCGAAUUCAACGACGGAUCUUAACGCAUCCGAUUUGACUUCAUCGCCAACAAAAUCGGAUUAUUUAUCUUUUGUGUGUCCGGAUUAUUUUGGAAGAUCAAUUUCCGAUAAAUAUACAACGUUACAACCCUUCGCUUCAUCCGAACAUACGUUUUCAACAAAAUGGUUGACGGGUUUACAACCAGACCGCGUACACUUUGCUUUAGAAACUUUAACAACAUUUUUAGCGAAACAAAUCUAUUUAACAACUCAUUUCCGAAGACUUACACCUGCGGAGCUUUACCACGUCAAACGAGAACUUUGCUCCGAAUUGUUAUAUUUUCAAGAAUACACAAGAAAAAAGAACGCUGAUCAACAGCAAUACAAAACGAUUGAUAAUUUUGUUUUUAGAAAAUUUUAUGCGGGAGAAGCACUGCCUUAUUUGUCAAUUGGUGAAGUUCAAAGAUACGCCAAAGUUUCAAUUUAUCAACAAUUUGAGGAAUGCGAAAUUUCACCGAGAUAUGGUGAUUUUCUUGAUUGCGAUAUCGACGACGAUCGAGUGUUUUACGAAGCGAAUUGUUUUAAAUCACUUAUUCCUUCGAAAAAAUCUAUGGAAAAACGAAAAUCGCCCAAAGUAACGACGCGUUAUCAUGGGAUAAGAGGCAAUGAAAAGGUGCUUGUUGAGAAUGUUUACCUUGGAUAUUCUCGCGAUAAUUUACCGAUAAAUCCCGCUGAUUAUUUGUUAUUACUUUCACAUUGGUUCUUUCACGUAUGUCAGUUAUCCCAUUAAUUAUUAAUUCGUUUUAUUUUUUUUAUUAA